AUGAAUCGUCCAAAGCCUACAACUCUCAGACGCCCUAGUGCAGCAAAACCCUCAGGUCAUCCUCCACCAGGGGACUUCAUAGCUCUGGGGUCAAAGAGUCAAGGUGGAGAACCCAAGGCCCCGGCUGUCCUCCUGAAGCCAGCAUCCACAGGUUUACCCCCAGACCGUAAGAGAGAGGCUGCCUCAUCUCUGCCCUCCUCAUCAGGUCUAUCCAGCCUUGCCAAGAGGCCAAAACUCUCCACUACCCCCCCAGUCAGUGCCCUGGGACGACUCGCUGAUGUUGCAGCUGUUGACAAGAGGGCGAUAUCACCCUCAAUAAAGGAGCCAUCAGUGGUUCCUAUCGAAGUGUCUCCUGCUUUGCUGUUGGAUGAGAUUGAGGCAGCAGAGUCAGAAGGAAAUGAUGACCGCAUUGAGGGACUGCUGUGUGGAGCAGUGAAACAACUCAAGAUGAACAGAGCCAAGCCAGACAUCACUCUGUAUCUCAGCCUCAUGUUUCUCGCCAAAAUUAAACCCAAUGUUUUUGCUACAGAAGGAAUUAUAGAGGCCUUGUGCAGCCUCCUGCGUCGAGAUGCUUCUAUCAACUUCAAAGCAAAGGGAAACAGCCUUGUUUCUGUUCUUGCUUGCAAUCUGCUUAUGGCAGCCUAUGAGGAGGAUGAAAACUGGCCUGAAAUCUUUGUCAAAGUGUACAUUGAAGACUCUUUGGGGGAAAGAAUCUGGGUGGAUAGUUCUCACUGUAAGAAUUUUGUUGACAACAUACAAACUGCUUUUGGCACCAAAAUGCCUCCAAAGAGUAUGCUGCUGCAGGCAGACACUGGCCGCACCGGUGGAGAUCUCAGUGCAGGAAGCAGUCCUCAUCCUUCAACCCCAGAUGAGGAUGACAGCCAGACUGAAUUACUGAUAGCAGAAGAGAAACUCAGCCCAGAGGAUGAAGGGCAGGUGAUGCCAAGGUAUGACGAACUGGCAGAGAGCGUGGAAGAUUAUGUGCUCGAUGUCCUCAGAGAUCAGUUGAACCGAAGGCAGCCAAUGGACAAUGUCUCCCGCAACCUGCUACGUUUACUCACCGCCACAUGUGGCUACAAAGAAGCCCGGCUCAUGGCUGUGCAGAGGCUGGAGAUGUGGCUCCAGAACCCAAAGCUGACUCGACCUGCUCAGGACCUUCUCAUGUCUUUGUGUAUGAACUGCAACACACACGGAGCAGAUGACAUGGAGGUGAUCUCCAACCUGAUCAAGAUCCGACUCAAACCCAAAGUUCUCCUAAACCACUACAUGCUCUGCGUCAGGGAGCUUCUAAACGCACACAGAGACAACCUUGGCACAAUGGUGAAACUGGUGAUCUUCAAUGAACUGUCCAAUGCCAGGAAUCCAAACAACAUGCAAGUCCUCCACACGGUGCUGCAGCACAGCCCAGAACAGGCUCCGAAGUUCUUGGCGAUGGUGUUCCAGGAUCUGCUCACCAAUAAGGAUGAUUACCUCCGUGCUUCCCGAGCGUUGCUGAGAGAAAUCAUCAAACAGACCAAGCACGAGAUUAACUUCCAGUCCUUCUGCUUUGGUUUAAUGCAGGAGCGGAAGGAGGCCAGUUACAUUGACAUGGAAUUCAAAGAGCGUUUUGUCAUCCAGGUGACAGAUUUGCUGACCGUCUCCAUGAUGCUGGGAAUUACCGCUCAGGUCAAAGAAGCUGGAAUUGCAUGGGACAAAGGAGAGAAAAAGAAUCUGGAGGUCCUGAGGUCUUUUCAGAAUCAAAUAGCUGCCAUCCAGAGAGAUGCAGUAUGGUGGCUUCACACUGUGGUUCCAACCAUCAGCAAAGUUGGCUCAAAAGACUACGUUCACUGCCUUCACAAAGUUCUUUUCACUGAGCAGCCGGAGACGUAUUACAAGUGGGACAACUGGCCUCCAGAGAGUGACAGAAAUUUCUUCCUUCGUCUUUGCUCUGAGGUUCCUCUGCUGGAGGACACACUGAUGCGCAUUCUAGUGAUCGGCUUGUCACGAGAUUUACCUCUGGGCCCGGCCGAUGCCAUGGAGCUGGCAGAUCACCUGGUGAAGAGGGCUGCCGGAGUUCAGUCUGACGAUCUCGAGGUCCUGAAAGUAGAGAGGAUCCAACUCAUUGAUGCCGUGUUGAAUCUGUGUACAUACCAUCACCCGGAGAACAUUCAGCUGCCUGCGGGGUACCAACCACCAAAUUUGGCAAUAUCCACACUGUAUUGGAAGGCAUGGCUUCUCUUACUUGUGGUGGCUGCUUUCAAUCCACAAAAAAUAGGGCUGGCUGCCUGGGAUGGCUAUCCUACACUCAAAAUGCUCAUGGAGAUGGUUAUGACAAAUAACUAUACGUACCCACCUUGUACUAUUGCGGAUGAGGACACAAAGAAUGAGAUGAUCAACAGAGAGCUGCAGAUUUCCCAAAGGGAGAAGCAGGAGAUCCUGGCCUUUGAGAGUCAUUUGGCUGCUGCGUCCACUAAACAGACCAUCACAGAGAGUAACAGCUUGCUGUUGUCUCAGUUAACCAGUCUGGACCCACAGGGUCCUCCUCGUCGACCUCCACCUCAGGUUCAGGAGCAGGUAAAAAGCCUGAACCAGUCUCUGCGUCUUGGCCAUCUCCUGUGCCGUAGCCGCAACCCAGACUUCCUCCUCAACAUCAUCCAAAGACAGGCCUCCUCUCAAUCCAUGCCGUGGUUGGCUGAUUUGGUUCAGUCCAGUGAAGGGUCCUUAGAUGUUCUUCCAGUGCAGUGUCUGUGUGAAUUCCUUCUGCAUGACGCUGCAGAUGACAGCCUGACGGUAGACGACGAUGAUGAGGGAGAGAGCAAAGAGCAGAAGGCCAAGAAGAGACAAAGACAACAAAAGCAAAGGCAGCUGCUCGGACGGCUCCAGGAUCUCUUGUUAGGCCCCAAAGCUGAUGAACAGACGACGUGUGAAGUGCUGGAUUACUUCCUGCGCCGUCUCAGCUCUUCUCAAGUAGCAUCCAGAGUCCUUGCUAUGAAGGGUUUGUCAUUAGUACUGAGUGAAGGAGGAUUAAAGGAUGGAGAAGAGCGGGACCAGCCCAUGGAAGAGGACUCAACUGAUGCAGAGCUCUUGCCGGGGUAUCAGUGGCUUCUCCAAGACCUUCCUAAACUCCCGUUGUUCGAUAGUGUCAGGGGCAUGACUUCCACCGCUCUGCAGCAGGCCAUUCACAUGGAAACGGAUCCACAGACGAUCAGUGCUUAUCUCAUCUACCUAUCCCAGCAUGCACCAGUGGAGGAACAAGCUUCACAUAACGAUCUGGCUCUGGACGUCGCACGGCUUAUUGUUGAGCGUUCCACCAUCAUGAACAACCUGUUCUCCAAACACUCCUGCAGACCCGAGUCCGACGCUGUGCUCUGUGCUUUCCUCACCAUUUUCUCCGCUUACAUCAGGAGGAUGAGGAAGACGAAGGAGGGAGAGGAUCUAUACAGCUGGUCUGAAUCUCAGGACCAGGUUUUUCUGCGUUGGACCACAGGAGAGACUGCUACGAUGCACAUCCUUGUAGUCCAUGCCAUGGUUAUCCUUCUGACUCUGGGGCCACCCAAAGGAGAGAGUGACUUCUACAACCUUCUGGACAUUUGGUUUCCAGACAAAAAGCCUCUACCCACUGCUUUUCUGGUCGACACCUCAGAGGAGGCACUUCUGCUCCCUGAUUGGUUAAAACUGAGAAUGAUCCGAUCAGAAGUCUCAAGACUGGUUGACGCAGCUUUGCAGGACCUGGAGCCUCAGCAGCUGCUACUGUUUGUUCAGUCCUUCGGUAUUCCUGUGUCCAGUAUGAGUAAACUGUUGCAGUAUCUGGAUCAAGCUGUUUCACAUGACCCACAGACGCUAGAACAAAACAUCAUGGACAAACACUACAUGGCCCACCUGGUAGAGGUGCAGCAUGAGCGAGGGGCCACUGGGGGGCACACUUUCCAUGCAUUACUGAGCUCCUCUCUUCCUCCACGCAGAGACUCUGCUGAAGCAAGUAAGGCCAAAGUUACAGUGGAAACACCCCACAGCUCGGUGAAGAUGAGAGCCGCCAAUCAGCUCGCUGUUGGGCCUGAGGAUGAUCUAACUGGCAUGUUGCUUCAGAUCUUCCCCUUAAAAGUCGACCCUCGCUGGCCUGGUCCUCCUCCCAGCCAACUCUCUCUGGCCUUGCAGCAGUCUCUGGCUAAAGAACUGAUGAGGGCGAAGAAGGGCCACAUCCAACAGGGUGGUUUGGCAUUCUGCCUCCUACAGGCCAUCGCAGCCCUGCUCACCUCUGCCCACGCAGGACCCAUCGUCAUGUCGAUGCACCGUAACCACGCUCUCUCCUGUCCUCUCAUGCGACAACUUUACCUCUACCAGCGUCUCGUGUCCCAGGACAUUGCUUUCUCCUCGCUGUUCCUCAAAGUCAUUGUUGAGAUGUUGAUCUGGUUAGAUAAUCCAACUGUGGAACCAGGACCGCUGAAGACCCUGCUCAAAUCCUUCGCUGGUCAGAACUCGCACAAACACAGGCACAGUGAUGUACGUACAGGUUUCCUCCACCUUGCCGAGGCUUUGGCGUAUCGUAGAGACACUGAAGUGCCCGUCAGAGCUGUCAUAGCGAUGCUGAAAGCUGGAGAGAGAUGUAAUGCAGAAGCUGAGCUCAUUGGCAAAGUGUUACAAGGGCUGAUAGAGGUGAGGUCACCGUAUCUGGAGGAGCUACUAUCUCUGCUGAUGUCCGUCAGUACACAGAAUGGGACAGCCGGCCCUGUUGCCAUGGUGAUCUCCCUGUUGCUUCAAGAAAGUGAGGAGCGAGCCGUGAAAAAGGAAGCAGACUCAAACAAUAGCUGUGAGGUGACAAAGUCUGGACUGAGCUCCGGGCUGCUCGUGGACUGGCUGGAGCAUCUCGACCCUGAAGUCACAUCAGUGUGUCCAGACCUUCAACAGAAACUGCUGUUUUCCCUCAACAAGGCUCGAGGUACCCCUGCCUACAGACCCUAUCUGUUAGCUUUGCUUACCCAUCAGUCAAACUGGUCCACCCUCCUGCAGUGCAUCAGCGCUCUCCUCGGCAAGCAAAGAGACCACAAACUGGACCCAUCAUCGGCUCUGGAUUUUCUCUGGGCUUGCAGCCACAUCCCACGUAUCUGGCAAGGGCGAGACCAGAAGAUCCCUCAAAAGAAAACAGAGAAGUUUGUGCUGAGACUUACUUCUGAGGAGCUCAUCAGCCUGGUGGACCUGAUCUUGUCAGAGUCAGAACUCAAUAGUCGCGACUCGGCCCAUGAAGACAAAAGCGCUGUGGACCAGGCCUCUUGUUCACUUAUCCAGUCGAGGCUGCCGCUGCUGCAUUCGUACUGCAAUGGAGCUCUGGAAAACAUUAAGAAGGUCUCAGAGUACCUCAUCAGCUGCACGAAGAAAUGGGAUGACAGUGCAAUGAGUAAGCGAUGCCAGAACCUGCUGCUGCAGAUCUAUCUGCACUUCCCCGAGGUCAUCCAACACGUCACACUCCCCGAAGGCACCUUCAGCAGCGGGGGGGCCGCAGAUGGCAGCAGCUGCAAACUUGACGUCUUGGUGCAUCGUCUGGUCACGCUUCUGGCCGAUAUUGGAGACUCAAAGUCUGCGGAGAGUCGAGUGUCCGAUGCCAACCUCGCCUGCAGGAAGCUGGCGGUGUCACACCCCGUCCUGUUGCUCAGGCACUUGCCGAUGAUCGCGGGUCUGCUCCACGGCCGCAUUCACCUAAACAUCCAGGAGUUUAGGCAGCAGAACCACAUGACGUUCUUCAGCAACGUGCUCGCCAUCCUGGAGCUGCUGCAGCCACUUGUUUUCCACAGUGACCACCAGAGGGCACUUCAAGACUGCCUUCUGUCUUUUAUGAAGGUCCUUCAGAACUUUCAGAGGACUCGCUCUCCGUUGGUGUUCAUCAACAAAUUCCUGCAGUUCACACAGAAAUACAUUACCCACGAUGCAGCUGCAGCCAUCCCUUAUCUACAGAAGCACUCUGACAUCUUGCAAGGCCUGUGUGCAGAAAAUCCAGACCUGGUGCAGCUCAAAUCUCUUUUGGCCGGACUCACUUUGCCAGUGAAGAGCUCAUCUGCUGAAGUCCCAACAGAAGAGAGGGAUGACGACUUAGCCACCGGUUCCUUGCCCUUAGUCAACAUAUCCGCCUCGGUUUCACUUAGUGCAGCCGACAUGACAAUGUACCUGAAAAAGAUGUCGCGAGGAGAAGCAGUGGAGGAUGUGUUAGAGGUGUUGACAGAAGUGGAUGAGAAGUCGAGGAGAAGCCCAGAGAUCAUCCAGUACUUCAUUAACGAUCUGCAGAGACUCAUGGCUUCCUCGGAGGAGCUGUGUCGUAACAUGGCCUUCAGUUUGGCCCUGCGCUGCAUCCAGAACAACCCCUGCCUGGCAACAGACUUCUUGCCGACUUUCAUGUACUGCAUGGGCAGCGGUAACUUCGACGUGGUGCAAACCGCUCUCAGAAACCUUCCAGAAUACGUGCUCCUCUGUCAAGAACACGCAGACAUCCUCCUCCACAAGGCGUUUUUAGUGGGAAUCUACGGACAAAUCGACACCAGUUCCAUGAUCUCGGAGUCGAUGAAGGUCCUUCACAUGGAAGCAACAACAUAACAACAAAGCACACAACUCCACGCCUGAUUUAAAAAACAAAAAACACACACAAAAAACAACUGUGUCAUCCACUUCCUCCGUUCUAAAGCUACGUUAUUUUUUCAUCGCCUUUCCGAGUUCAAACAUUGCUCUAAUUUUAUCGCGACAGAUUAACAAACUCGGCGGCUCUUCAGUGUUACAGAUUAAAGGCUCCUCCGGUCCUCAAGUAAUAACUUCUGGAUAAUUUAGUGACUUCAAAGAAUAUAUUGAAUAUCCUUCUUAGUAAAUUGAAAAAUUUAAUUAAAACUGUAAAAUUAGCCCCAUUGUAAUACGCUUACAAUUAGCGCAUUUAUUAUUUCUUAAGGAAUGAAAAUUAUUUUAAACUAGUAAUGUAAUAAUGCAGUCAUUUACAGUGAUAAUAAGCUGUUUAUUAUAAUUUAAUGUGCAACAAUAGCAGUCAACAAUGAAAGGUCCUGUGAUUAAUUAAAAUUAUGACAACGCAUUUGAUAAAUUAAACAUUGAAUGGGAGGUUUUUUGACUUCUGCAGUCACUAAAUUACCAGUAUAAUCCUUUUAAAUGGACCACAGUUUUUUAUUUACAGUUUAACUAAUAUGGUUACAACAGAAAAUCAUUAAAACCAAAAGCAAAUAUUAAUAAAUAUGCUGAAUUAUAAUGCGAGUUGUAACUGUAACCUGAAUAAGCCACGUGGAUGUCAAAAGAAAUAAAAACAACUUUUGGAAAAUG